AUGGCGGGUGUGACUGUGAGAGACCCUGCGGUGGCUGGUUCUCUCCAUUCGGUGUUUGUGGGGAACAUUCCAUAUGAGGCUACUGAAGAGCAAUUAAAGGACAUCUUUUCUGAGGUUGGGCCUGUUGUUAGUUUCAGGUUGGUAUAUGAUAGGGAGACAGGAAAGCCAAAAGGUUGUGGCUUCUGUGAAUACCAAGGCCAGGAGACAGCACUUAGGGCCAUGCAAAACCUAAAUGGGUGUGCAUUCAGUGGGAGAGCACUUCGAGUGGACAAUGCUGCCAGCAAAAAGAGCAAAGAAGAGCUGAAGAGCCCUGGCACUGGUGCCUCUGUCAUUGAGUCACCUUAUGGGGCGACCAUCAGUCCUGAGGAUGCCCCUGAGUCCGUUAGCAAAGCAGUUGCCAGUCUUCCACCAGAGCAGAUGUUUGAGCUGAUGAAACAAAUGAAGCUCUGUGUCCAGAAUAGUCCUCGGGAAGCACGGAACAUGUUGCUUCAGAACCCUCAACUGGCUUAUGCUUUGCUACAAGCCCAGGUAGUGAUGAGAAGUGUGGAUCCAGAAAUUGCCUUGAAAAUUCUGCAUCGCCAGACACAUAUCCCAACACUGAUUGCAGGCAACCCUCAGACAGUCCACAGCGCUGGACCUGGCUCAGGAUCCAGUGUGUCAAUAAACCAACAGAAUCCUCGGGCCCCUCAGGCCCAGUCUUUGAGUGGAAUGCAUGUCAAUGGCGCACCUCCUCUGAUGCAAGCUUCUCUGCAGGCUGAAGUUGCAGCACCAGGGCAGAUACCAGCGACCGUAACAGGACCUGGCCCUGGUUCCUUAGCGCCUGGAGGAGGAAUGCAGGCCCAGGUUGGAAUGCCAGGCAGUGGACCAGUGUCCAUGGAGUGGGGACAAGUGCCGAUGCAAGACCCCAGAGCAGCUAUGCAGCGUGGGCCCUUGCUGCCACCUGCCAACGUCCCAACUCCUCGAGGUCUGUUGGGAAACGCUCCAAAUGACCCACGCAGAGGCACUUUGCUUUCUGUAACUGGAGAGGUAGAGCCUAGAGGUUACCUGGGACCACCUUAUCAGGGUCCGCCCAUGCACCAUGUCCCUGGCCCUGACAGCUGUGGCCCACCCCCACAUGAGAUGAGGGGAGAGCCAUUAGCUGAGCCCAGACCUCUAAUGGCAGAGUCAAGAAGACCCAUGCUAGAUCAGAGGGGUCCACCAUUGGAUGGCAGAGGUGGAAGAGAUCCCCGAGGCAUAGAUGCACGAGGGAUGGAGGCACGAGCCAUGGAGGCAAGAGGAUUAGAUGUUAGAGGAUUGGAAGCCCACGCGAUGGAGGCCCGUGCAAUGGAGGCCCGUGCAGUGGAAGUCAGAGGGAUUGAGGCCAGAAGCAUGGAUACAAGGGGGCCAGUCCCAGGCCCUAGAGGCCCUAUACCUAGUGGAACAGGUCCCAGUCCAAUUAAUAUGGGGGCAGUUGGCCCCCAGGGAUCCAGACAUGUCCCAGUCAUGCAAGAAGUGAGCAUUCAGGGUGGAGGCCAGCCUGGUGGCUUUAGUCCUGGCCAGAACCAAGUCACAACCAAGCUUCCUCCUGAGCAGAGGCAGAGUAUCCUGAUCUUCAAGGAACAAAUACAGAUGUCUACUGGAGCGCCUUAA